AUGCUAGGGUACAUCUCCAGUACCCGCAAGAAGAGCUGCUACGGUUGCGUCCGCGCUAAACGACGAUGUGACCUGGGAUACCCGUUCUGCAAGCGUUGCUUCGUCAAGGGCUUCGACUGCAAGUACCCGAACGCGCAGAAGACUACGGUCCACGAUGCUGAGGUGGUAAUCCGGCAAAGUACGCCGGAUUUCAUGCCGCCUCUGGCAAGCGUCGGCGGGAGCUCCACUCUACCGCUUGAUCUCCAAAUUGAUUCCAGCAUCGAAGUGAAUAUCGAUCCUCUGUUUCUACAAGUCUCCGGGUCAUCGAGCGACUCGAGCGGAUCGAGUCCGGAAAGAUUAUAUAGAACGCUCUUCCCAGAAGUACGGCAGCCCGCCUUCCUCAAUGAGGGACAAGUCUUCACCGUGAUCCAGGGACUAUGCGCCUUCGUCCCUGACAUGGCCUUUUCAGGCUCGACGCUCUUCAUACACCAGAACCUAUACCAGAAAGACCAACCGCAAGCCUACCAGGACUGCGUCGCACUCUCAGCGCUCUUCUUGACGAAGAACGCGAGAAAUGUAUCGGUCCUGGCAAAUAGUAUCCAUUCCAAGAUCGCAGCCCUCAUCGCCAGCUCGAGUAACUGGACACUCACCGAACACCUCGCCGCCGUCCAGGCCCUCCUAAUCUACCAAAUCAUACGCCUCUUUGACCCCAGCCUGAACCUCCAAGCACAAGCUGAAAAGCACAUACCUCUCCUAGAAACCUGGUCCGCCCACCUCUGGAAGCGCUCCUUCAACGAGAAGCAGGACUUCAAAGACUGCCACGACAGGUGGGUCUUCAACGAAUCGCUUCGCCGCACGGUACUUCUAUCAGUCUUCUCGCGCUGCGGGUGGAGUGUUCUAACAAAAGGCGGGGUAGCGGACCAGGUUCCUGUCUUGUCCCGGUUGCCGGUGACGAAGGACAUCGAGGCAUGGUCUUGCGAUCGGGAUGCGUUCAACGCGAGGGUGCUACCUUACGUGACGGAAGAGGAGGGCUUGAUUGCGUACGGGGAUAUGUCGGCUGGGUGGACGCAUGACAGAGAGACUGCGUCGCUGGAUCCUUUCAAGAAGCUGUUGCUGGUUGCAUGUCGGGGCGGGGAUGAUCCCCGGUUGUUGGUGUGA